UCUGAAACUGUGGUAGGGUGUAGUUCAACUGAGAAGGUAAUCGCAAAAUGCAAGUUUACAAUUUAAAUUGUGUGUCACUCGGGAAAAGCGUCAUUGGAGCAAACACAAGGUGUUGGUCAAAGAUAAAAAAUCAUGCGCACAAAUGCACUGCCGCUGCCGACACAGCCACCAACACAACCGUGGACAAAGCAACCGAUGCAAUCUCGGAGUGGCAGCAAGCGCGUCCAUUCAGCGAGGUGCCCAGAGAUGGCGUUUUAAAAUUCGUACGGCAAUUGUUGCCCGGCGGCCGUUAUUAUAACUUGGACUCGGCGCAAUUGGUGAAGGCAAUGCAAAAGGAUUAUGGCGACAUUUAUAUAAUGCCUGGCAUGUUCGGCCGUCCCGAUGCCUUAUAUACACACAGUCCACUUGAUUUUGAGCGUGUCUUCCGCAAUGAGGGCGCCUGGCCAAUGCGUCCAAAUUCGGUGACUUUGCGUUAUCAUCGCAAUAAGCUGCGCGCUGAUUUCUAUGAGAACGUCGAGGGAAUACUUGCAACACAUGGUGAGCAAUGGAGCUCAUUUCGAACGGUUGUUAAUCCAUUGCUACUACAACCGAAGAAUAUUAAAAUGUAUAUCAACAAAAUGGCGCAGGUGAAUCUUGAAUUUGUGGAAAGAAUCCGUUUGAUACGCGACCCCAAAACUUUGGAAAUGCCAGACGACUUUAAACAGUACAUCCAACGUUGGACACUGGAAUCGGUGGCUCUCGUCGCACUGGACAAGCAGCUCGGCUUGCUGCGUGAAAAUAGCGAAAAUUUCGCUGAUGCUUCUAAACUGUUCAAAGCCUUAACGGAGUGGCUCGCACUCACACUGGACUUGGAAUACACACCAUCGUUGUGGCGUCUUGUGGCAACACCGAAGUUUAAACGACUAAUGCAAGCAUUGGAUGACAUACAAAGUGUAACGUGGAAGCAUACGACUGAGGCAAUUGCUAAGCUAGAAGCGGAGCGCGAACUGGGCGUAGAACAUAAAGAGAGUGAAAAAAGCAUUUUGGAGAAAUUACUGAAAAUUGAUAAGAAAAUCGCUACAGUGAUGGCCAUGGAUCUAUUGCUGGGCGGUGUUGAUUCGACCACUUCACUAACGACUGCUACACUACUGUGUUUGGCCAAGAACCCCGACAAACAGGCAAAACUACGCGAAGAAGUCAGACGUAUACUACCACAAAAGGAUGGCGAUUUCACAGCUGAUACGCUUAGUAAGGUGCCAUAUCUGCGCGGCUGCGUGAAGGAAGCACUGCGUUUGCAUCCCGUGGCUAUUGGAAACAUGCGUGUGCCACAAAACGACGUUGUGCUGAGCGGUUAUAGAGUACCCAAGGGCACUGUGGUUAGCAUGAUCUACUCAACUCUACUGAAAAGUGAUAAACAUUAUGCACGUCCAUUAGAAUACCUGCCGGAACGUUGGAUGCGUUCGAGUAGCGAUACUGUUGAAGACACUAAGUCAUUGAAAGCCAGCAGUGCCUAUACAUUUUUGCCAUUUGGUGCCGGUCCGAGAGGUUGUUUGGGUCGUCGCAUUAGUUAUUUAGAAAUCGAAUUGGGUAUUGCCAGAUUGGUACGAAAUUUUCAAAUCGAAUUUCAUUAUCCAACAGAUAAUUUCUUUAAGAAUAUGUUGAUUAGCAUGCCAAAUGUGCCGUUAAAAUUUAAAUUCAUUGAUAUUGAGUAGGUAAUUUGGAGAGGUGCCCUAAAA